GUCAGAUUGAGCUCUGCCUGCAGUGCUUAAUUAGUCAGAGAAGACUGUUAACUGCUCGAAUAUACAAACAGAGCUACUAAAUGAUCUGCUCAAGAGGACAUCAGUAUAUGUGGUGAACGCAGUUUGGACUUCUCUGAUGGCGUCUUCCAGCCGGUUACUCCUGCUGCUGCAGCUCCUCAGCUGGAUAUCAGCCGGCCUGGCCUGUUUCUGUGACCGCUACCCCUGGGGAACCUGGUCUGCCUGCUCCAGGACCUGCAACCACGGAACACAGCACAGACACCGGAAAAUGAAUUAUAACGACGACUACUACUGGAAGAGCAGCUGCCAUCAGCUGUGUGAGAGUGAUGACAGGAGAGCUUGUAACGAUCAGAGCUGUCCAAUCAACUGCUUGCUCACAGAGCUCGGGCCGUGGUCCGACUGCUCGCCCUGCGCCAAGAAACAGUUUCGGACGCGGUCGGUCCAGAGGCCAUCCCAGUUCGGUGGAUCAGCCUGCAGCGUGGAGCUGACAGAGGAGCGGCCCUGUCACUCUGCCACAGAGUGCAAGUUAGCCCCCAUCGACUGCAGAGAUGACUUCAAGUGUGAUAAUGGACGCUGCAUCAACUCCACGUUGACAUGCAACAAGCAGAACGACUGUGGAGAUAACUCGGAUGAGAGGGACUGUGGCGACUUCAAUACUGUGUGUCCAGGGGAGAAGAGAGUGGCCCCCGGGGCUGACCUGGUGGGAAAUGGGUUUGAUGCUAUAGCAGAGGAGCCCAGGGCAGCGGUACUGGACAACAUGUUUAUGGGAGGAAGUUGUAUCAUCAGGAGGCCUCGGACUACGCAGCUCUACCACCGCAUCCCUCACAACUUUGAGAGCUUUGAAAUUAAGGUUGGACAGCUGGAGGACUUCAGCAUCGAGCCCCAGCCUCUGCACACCGAGUCCGUCCAUGAGAGGACAUCCAGUUUGCCUAUAAACAGCCAACAACAUCAAAACAUCUUUUCCUUCCCCAUUUUUUUCUUCAGUGGGAGAUCUAUGACCCGAAGCAACUCUAACAAGGAAGCUUUUGAAGCAUCAAAGAAAACGGACUCCAGGUUUUUCAGGGUUCACCAGGUUUUGCCCGUGUCAACGUUCAAGGUGAGGGACCCCGGGGACCUCGUCCUGUCGCUGCCCUUUCUUCAGUUCCUUCAAGCUCUUCCUCUCGAGUACAACUACGCCCUCUACAGGGACAUCUUCCAGCGCUUCGGGACGCAUUACUACGGCUCAGGGAAACUGGGAGGCCACUAUGACCUGUUGUACCAGUACAGCCGAGAAAAGCUCACCAGUUCAGGUGAAACAGAAGAGCACAUCAAAGGCUGCCUAGGCCGAGAGACCACCUGGACCAUCAUCGUCUACACGGAACACAGCAGUGUGACCCGAUGCUCCGACAACAAGAUGACUGAGAAAUAUCAAGGCUCGUACAUUCAAGCAGCAGAGAAGUCUUUCUCUAUGGUGAAAGGAGGUCGAAUCAGAGAGGCUUCAGCUCUGGCCUGGGAGAGGCAGCGCCCCACUCCGGACCAAACAUCCUUCAAGAACUGGGCCAAGUCUGUUCUUGAGAACCCUGCUGUGGUCGAAUCCAAGGUGCUGCCCAUUAUAGACCUGGUUCGGGGGAUCCCAUGUGCUCUCACAAAGAGGAGACACCUGAGGAAGGCCCUGCUGCAGUACCUGGACGAGUUUGAUACCUGCAAGUGCUCUCCCUGCCCCAACAAUGCCAGGCCGGUUCUCUCCAGCACAGAGUGCAAGUGUGUUUGCCAAAUCGGCACAUUUGGCUCGAACUGUGAGAAACGAGCUCCUGACUACACUUCAGAGGCGGUGGAUGGUUACUGGAGCUGCUGGGGGCCCUGGAGACCCUGUGGAGUCACAAUGAAAAGACAUCGGACGAGGCGGUGUGAUAAUCCCGCCCCCCUCAGAGGUGGCCAACCCUGCAAGGGUCUUGACAGACAUGAGGAUCAAUGUCACAUCUCCAUCUUCGAAAAACAGGAGACCUGUGACAAUGAUGAUGACUUCACUAUAGGCUGGAGGGACGAGCUGCCUCCUGGUGUGCAGGGUUGUCUGAGGCCACAGAGGCCCGCCAACAGCUUUCUCAGGAAAGCAAAGCAGUAUUAUAACUUUGGUGAGGAUGAGGAGUUCCAGUGCUACACUGGAUUUGACCUGGAGGGCUUUCAGUUCUUCAACUGUCUUCCUGACGGGACGUGGAGUCAACCACUUGGAAGCUGCAGCAGGAAACUGUGCCUUCCUCCUGAGAUCCCUGAUGGCAUGAUGCUGUUCCCCAACAAAGACGAGUACAAAGUUGGGGAAUCAGUGGGAAUGAACUGUAACGAGGCAGCCCUGAAGCCGCUGCCAGCAGGCUUCUACAAGUGCAGCGACAGUCUCACCUGGGAGCCUCCAUUACCUGCUGACCUACGCUGCACUGAUGAGGAACCGUUUGUUCCUGACAGUCAGUGUGGUUCAGGAGAGAAACUGCAGGGUUCUACAUGUGUCUGCAUUCAACGAGAAAGCUGCCUUUCACAACCGGAGACUCUCUGCAUCGUGAACCUAGACGUCGGUGUCAUCGUGUCAAUGUCCCUGUGUUCCUUCCAUGCUGGUCGUUGCCACGGAGAUCCGCUCUUCUUUGUCAGCGAGGGCGCAUGUGACGAGGUUGAUUCUGCCCAACUGGAGUGGGCCACGUUCAGAGCCAACAUGUCCUCUCAGAGCUCUGUUCAGGAGCCCUGUCAACUUGACACGUGUUAUGAAUGGGAGACCUGCUCUGCAUCUAAGAAGUGUGAGUGCAGAGUUGCUCGGGACUGCCCCAGACUGGAAGAGCACAUGUACUGUGUGAAGCUGACCAGGACCCAGAAGACUCGCAGCAUGGACCUUUGCUCUAUGGCCGCCCUCAAAUGUAUCAGCUAUCAGUUUGACAUUCUCAAUGAAGGCGUCUGUGAGUCCAGAUAAUCCUUCAUAGGCUGGUUAAGCAGGUAUACUGGGGUCCAAGAAUCCAACGCAACUCAGAACCAAAGGCACACCUAACUGGGACAACGGGAAAGCCAAGAGCAUCAAGUACAAAUAGAUCUCAACAGUGAGUUUCUAGAAGUGAAAAUCCCUUUUAUAUUCUUAAUAUAUACGUUAUCGGAUUUUCACCAAAUUAUUUUAUUACAAUAUUGUAUCUGACACUGAAAUGUAUCAUUCUGCCACUUAAUGCUAGAUUUGCACACAUUUUAGAGCGGGAAAUGCGGGGUACAUAUGGGAUGUGCAUGCAAAAUGUGUGUCAUUUGGAUACUGUAUUGGUGACCUGCAGCAAAAAUAUCAUUAAAUAUUUAAAACUA